AUGACCGCUGAUGAACAUGUUGACUACCCUUCCGGCAUGGCUCUGUUCUUCAUUGUUCUCGCGUUAGGCUUGAGCAUAUUCCUGGUCGCACUCGACAUGACCAUCGUUGCUACAGCCGUUCCUAAGAUCACAGACGAGUUUGCAGGUCUUUCCGACGUUGCCUGGUAUGGCUCAGCAUUCUUCAUGACCAUCGGCGGGUUCCAGUCAGCUUGGGGCAAGGCAUACACGUACUUGAAUCUCAAGACCGCCUUCCUUAUUGCUAUGGUCAUCUUCGAGGUCAGCAGUCUGUUGUGCGGCAUUGCACCAAACUCAGGCGCCUUUAUCGUCGGGCGUGGCAUCGCAGGUGUCGGUGCUGCGGGACUCAGUUCUGGGUGCUACACCCUUAUCGCGUUCGCCGCCGAGCCCAUGGACCGUCCACUGUUCACUGGAAUCUUGGGCGCUUCUUACGGUAUUGCCUCCGUCACCGGUCCCCUAAUUGGAGGCGCCUUCACCGACCACGCUUCCUGGAGAUGGUGCUUCUACGUCAACUUGCCCAUCGGCGCCCUCUCGGGCACAAUUAUUCUCCUGUUCUUCACAACCCCAAGCAAGUCAAGGCCAGUCGAGGUUUCUGUUCACGAGAAACUCCUUCAAAUGGAUCCCUUCGGCAUUCUCCUGAUUAUGGGAGCCACUGUCGCUUUCAUCUUGGCUGUCCAGUAUGGUGGCCAGAGCCAUUCGUGGAGCUCAAACACUGUGGCCGGUCUUCUUGCCGGAUUUGCUGUCAUUAUUGUCGUUUUUAUCGCCUGGCAGGCGUUGAACGGUGAGCGCGCCAUGGUAGUUCCACGUGUCAUAAAGAAAAGGACUGUCUGGGUCAAUGCACUCUGCGGCUCUGUCCUAGGCUCUGCCUACCUCAUCAUUAUCUACUAUCUCCCUAUCUACUUUCAGAGUAUCAACAAUGAUUCUCCAGGCACAUCGGGAUUGCGCAACAUUCCAAUCAUUCUCGCUGUCACCUUUGCGACCAUCCUUUCGGGAGUGCUCAUCUCGAAAACUGGCAUUGCAGUACCGCUCAUGACGGGUGGUUGUGCGCUUGGGACGACUAGUGCAGGGCUUAUGUGCACUCUCAAGAUCGGCGCAGAUGAGAGCAAGUUGACUGCUUACCAGGUUCUCGCUGGAGCUGGCUUUGGGCUCGCGAUCCAGGUUCCAAUGAUCCAUGCCCAAGGAAAUGCUGCAACUGGGGAUUUAGCUGUAACUACAUCCAUUAUUAUGUUUUUCCAGACCCUUGGCAGUGCGUUCCUCCUCUCAGCCGCGCAAUCAGCAUUUGUCAAUGAGCUCCUUAGAAAUCUUAAAGAGUAUGCCCCGGCAGUCCCUCCGGAUAUGGUGAUUUCUACAGGAGCGACGCAGAUCCGGACAGCUUUCGCCGCCGCCCAGGUCCCCGGUAUCCUACAGGCUUACAUGAAAGGCAUCCGAGUCGUUUUUGCCGUCUCAACCGCGGCGGCUGGCUUGGCCUUUGUGGCAAGCUUGGCCAGUUCAUGGAAGAGGCUGAGCAGGGAGCCGCGCAUGGCUUCAUGUGUUGCCGCUUGA